UCCCAGUCCCACCAGAGCAGUCGUAUGCAGAUCUUUGAGACAGAGAACUUCAUGGGCCGCAGCGCUGAGCUGUGUGAUGAUUACCCCUCUCUGAGGGCCAUGGGCUGGUGCAUGCCCGAGGUCGGAUCCAUGCACGUUCAGUGUGGCGCCUUUGUGUGCUACCAGUUCCCCGGCUACAGGGGCCAGCAGUACAUCAUGGAGUGUGAGAGACACAGUGGAGAUUACCAGCACUGGAAGAACUGGGGCUCCCACUGCCAGACCCCCCAGAUCCAGUCUAUCCGCCGUAUCCAGCACUAACCCGGGCCCAGAGGGGACCGUACCCCUAACAGAGCCCCAGGCUUCGGCCUAGGGCUGGGUCUACUGGGGCCUUGUCACAGCACGGCCAACACAAACACAGUCAGUCAGAACCAUCCCACAGUUUCUACUAACACAUCUCAACUCCGUCACGGACGUCCUCAGAUACUCUGGUUGAUAACACAACAGGGUAUUAUUCCUACGAGAGGCGACUCGUAUAUCAGUGCCGUAACAUCAACAGCAACGUGAGACGAGUUAAGUCAUCACUGUAACACGUUAUAGAGGACCGUUAUAGUGUAAUAACAGUCUUGCAGGUUGUAGUAUAUAUAUCACAGAUAUAUAUCAGGGUCUUUGGUUCACCAGCACCAAUAACAGCAAUAGACAGUAGUGGUGAGAGAGGAGGAGGAGGGAGAUCAUCACUGACCAAUAAACUCAUGCUCAACUCAAA